CCCUGACCGACACUAUACAUCGCUCUAUUCUCAAAUCGAGCUGCCCCGGGGCAAUUUUCUGAUAUGUAGUUUACCCUUAAUGCAUUGGAUUAUUGGAAGCAUUUUCAACAUCCGAUUCUGAUCAAAAAAAUAAAAACUUUUUUUAUCAGAUUAGGGAUUCUGCCAUUUUGUUUCGUUUUUAGAGAAGUAGUCUGUCGACAUGACGUACCUCAAUUCGUUGAUGUUGCUGAAAAUCCCUGUUACAAAAGAUCCAAGACUGUUACCAGUUUGGAGAAAAAGAGUAUUGCUUGGUCUUGUUUGUUUCAUUGCCAUUAUACCUGGAUUUUGUUCUACUAUUUAUUUACCAGCACUUGAAGAAGUAACAGCACAAUUGAAUAGUCCGUCUAUUAUGGUGACACUUAGCAAUUCAUUGUACAUGUUAUUUAUGGGUAUUGCACCUAUUUUCUAUAGUAGUAUCAGUGACCACUGGAAGGUACGCCGACCGGUGUAUUUCUUCUCCAUUAUCAUCUAUACGGUGGGUUCUUUAGUUGCUUGUUUUGUGCACGAUAUUGAAGCAUUAUUGGGCAUGAGAAUUCUGCAGGCUGUUGGUAUUUCUGCGGCUUGGGCUAUUGGGGCAGGAACUGUCGCUGAUAUCUAUGAGGUUCAUGAACGUGGCAACGCUUUAGGAAUUUAUUUCACAGGUUCGUUUGCUGGUCCACUUUUCGGCCCACUUUUUGGAGGGUAUUUGGUUGAAAGAUGGGGUUGGCGAUCUGUAUUCUGGCUAUUAUUUGUUAUUGGUUGCAUUUUGUUACUGCUUGUAUUUUUUGCAAUGGAAGAAACGUAUCGUCAAGAAAGCAUCUGGGGAAAAGAAUGUAAAAUUGUGAUGCACAGUUUGACAGAUAGUACUCCCGACUAUCCUUUACAAUCUGCCGUUGAGAAGCGAUCAGCAACACCAAUCAUUACUGAUACUGCCGAAGAUAUGUCCUCAAGCGGAACGCUUUUAGUUGAAGAAAAGACUAUUGUUGAAUCUGAAAUAAUGAAUCCUUUAUCUGCACUUGCUUUACUUCGACAUCCCUUUGUAUUGAUAUUUUCAAUGGCUACCGGUUUUGCAUUUGGUGGAAUGUUUGCUAUUGAGAAUAUGCUCCCCACUCUUUAUACCAACACUUACGGAUUUAGCAGUGGUUCUAUCGGUCUAUCAUUUCUUUCACCUGGCAUUGGUGAAGUCCUCGGUUCGCUGUUUUCAGGCAGGAUAUCUGACGUUUUUCUGAAUAGAGCCAAAUCAAAAAGGGAUGGCGUUGCAUUGCCUGAAGAUCGACUAGCUCCCAACGUUUGGCCAGCCGCCUUUUUUCUAAAUCCUCUCACAUUUUUCUUAUGGGGCUGGCCUGUUCAAUUUGGAUGGAAUGUGUGGGUAUCCGUUAUCAUGUUUGGUCUACAAUGUUUUGCCAUGGUGCAAAUCUUUAAUCCUUGCAUGGCCUAUUUGGUAGAUGCAGUGACGGAUCGCGGUGCUAGCGUCACUGCGGCUGCCAAUUUGGUGAGGAUGAUAUGGGCUUGCGUCCUCAGUCUGAUAGCUAAUCCUAUGACAGAAGCUGUUGGUCCUGGUUGGGUUACAUUUUUCUUCGGCAUGCUCAAUCUUGUCUGGGCUUUCUUGAUAUUGUUAAUGAAGAUCAAGGGGCCAAAGAUACGAGCUUAUUCAGGUUACUAAACUGUGCUUCUAACUUAAUAUAAAAGCAUAGCUUUAAUAUUCAAAUAUACCAUUUAUUACUUAAUUAUAUAUUCAUAGACCUUACUGUAUAAUAAUUAGAGAUAUUUUACUUCUUUAUUAAAGACGAAAACAACAGUCUAUUUCCCGU